CUUAGACUUGAUUGUAUUUCUUUGAUUCUUUGAUUCUUUGCCAUCCUCACAAACAUGGACAUUCAGGCUGCUCGAAUGGACGAUGGCAGCAUUGAGCUUGACUUUGCACUGCCAUCGAGCGACAGCGCUUCCUCUGCUUCAGCCGGUCUGUCUGGCGGCGCCCUCGACCCGGCUGCCGUGGCGCCAUCGCCCUACGCAGCCAUGGCAGCAGCAUCGGCCGCAGCAGCCGCAGCCGCAGCCAUCUUUGUUCCACGCGAGCCCGUCGCUUGCUCCAUGUGCGGAUCGCCAGCAGCCAGCUACCGGUGUCCGGCGUGUGCACGAGCGACAUGCAGCGUCGCGUGCGUUCGGAAACACAAGCAAGAUUUCGAUUGUGAUGGCGUUCGCGUUCGAUCGUCCUUUGUCGAGCUGUCGAACAUGACUGAUGAUACGAUGGCUGAAGACGUCAGGUUACUCGAAGAUGCGCAACGCACGGCAAUGGCCGCAAAGCGAGAAACCAUCCAACCGCGGCCCAAUCCAAAUGCAUUGCCUUCUACCGUGAAUGCGCUUCGUCGCGCGGCUCUUGAGCGGCAAAUUCGUGUUAUUUUCCUGCCUGCUGGAUUGCAGCGGCGAAGAGACAACACUUCAUUUGUGAAUGCGCGCAAAAAACAAAUCCAAUGGCGCGUAGAGUGGCUCAUUUCAAUCGGGAAUAUUGUUCCGCUGCGGUAUUUUGAGGAUCAUGUUUCAGAAAACUUGCCCCUUGCAAGCAUCGCCUCAAGACUCCUUGCAGGACGAACCAUCAAAGACGAGAUUCUCCGAGAACGAAUUGCAACGGCAAUGGCAGUCUUGCCAGCAGCUGCCCAACCAAGCUCGACCGAAGUGCCAGCUGAAUCGCUUGUCGGCUUUAGCAUUCUUUUCAAACCAGACGGGCAACCCGCCAACGCAGCUCGCUAUUAUCGCUUCCCAGACCUGUCCUUGUCCUUGCGUCUCGCCCUGGCGGGGCUGACCAUUUUGGAGCACCCAACAUUGUAUUUAGUGGCUGAUCAAGCGUUGGAUCGCUUCAAUCUGUUAUCGUCCCGCGAAGAGCUCGUGCAGAUGUGUAACAGUGCCAACUCGCCCAUUAAUCAGCUGGCGAUGGUAGACGCGCGACAACAUACGCGCAGUGGCAAGCGCGAAGGCGAUCGCUCAUCUCGCGACAAGCGCACUCUCAACUCUGCCCCCUCACACCCUCUUAUUCAGGAGCUGCCCGAUCCUUCAAGUGAAGGCCUAGCCGUUGUCGACGCAGGGCUGCUGCCGACUCCUUUGCUAGAUGCCACUCCUCAUCCGGAAGCCACCAUGGUUCCAAACUCCCCCGGAGGCGACUACGACGAGGAAGACGACGGCGAUGCCUUUGAUCAAAGCGAUCGCUCGGUUGCGCCAAUCAGCCACGCCGACAUUGCAAUGGAAACACGAGGAGCAGUCUCGCAUCCACCUUCAUCGACAGCGACUGGGGGAAAUCAUGCUCUGAAGAUGCUCGACUAUGCUAGCAGCGGCGAUGAUGAUGAUGAUGAAGGCGAUGAUGUGAACCACCAAUAG